CUCGCGUCGCGCGCCAUAACACGCCCGUUAUAUGCGACGCCGUCACCUGACAGGUGUUCUGUGCUAAACAUUCAAAUUUCGAAUGACAUUCAAAUAUGAAAAUGAAGGAACCAUUCAUGUACGAUUUUUAAAUUUUCAAAAGUGUACUAAUGUACCGUUACGGGAUUCCAUUUCUUUUCCGUUAGCGCGUGUGGCAGUUGUAUUGUGUACUGUGGGAUCCGAUGGAACGUUGAUGUAAAUGUUUAAUACAGUUCACCAUAGAUUAUAUUACACGUAAAACACAUAUUUGGCUGUAUGGCACACUUGAAACCAAAUUAUACGGACAGCGGAGUGUCGUGACCGAGUGUCGAACUGAACUGUGACGUGUCGUGAACUGUGACGUGACGUGACCGAGUGUGGUGUUAGUGAAUUAUGACGUGACAAAACUACAGCCAUGUACCGGCCGAAUUUCUACGAAAGCACCUGCUUUCGGUGUAACGAGAUUGUGUACCAAGUGGACAGAGUGGGACCGCUGAAGGAUUUCACGUUCUUCCACAGUGGUUGCUUCAAAUGUGCCGUGUGUGGGACGAAGUUGACUUUAAAGACAUACUACAACAAUCAACACUGGACAGAGGAUAAGGAGGUGUAUUGCUCAAGCCAUGUGCCCAAGAUCGGCCCGGGUCAUCUGGACAACUCGUCCGUUGGUAUCCGGAGUGCGCUGAACGUCCCUAAAAGUAACAACUAUGUCAACGAACAAAUCAGGGGACUUGCUCGGAAUAGUCACGAUAAUGAGUUAUCACCAACUCGGACGACAAACGGCGGCAGCGUGCACGCGUCGCCCGCGCGUGAAUUGUCGCGCGACACUCCCGAUUACCAAUACGGGCGAUUCGACGCGAGCGCACUGCACAUUGCACAUGCUCUCAAGCAAACAGAACUACAGAAAGCUUACCAUAGACCGAGGGAAAAGCCCAUAGACUGCUACUUGGAUCGCGAUGAGCAAACGAAAUUGGAGAUGAAACACCGGCAAGAGGAAGAUGAUUUGUAUAGAAAAUUCUCUAAGCAUCGCGAAGAAGAGAACAGACGAAUACGGGAAGAAAUACAGGAUGAAUGGGAACGCGAGUUGGAGAGGCUUACAAACAGAUUUCAACAAGAGAUGCAAGUCAAAAAGCGACGGCCAGACGCCGAGAUUGGCGCGCUAACACUGCGGCAUCAGCAAGAACGGGCUGAUCUCGAAAAGAACAUGACGCUAAGAAGAGACAAGAAGAAGGAAAGCCUCACUAGAAAGAUGUUAGAGCACGAAAGGGCAGCAACAGCCGCACUAGUCGAAAAGCAAAGUCAUGAGAUGAUGGAGCUCAUUCAGGAGCGACGCUCCGAGUACAUGGCGGCAUCCUCACUAUACUUGGACGGUGAGGAAGCGCCCCCGUACCCUGCCAGAGCUCCGGCACCGCUGCCGCCACUCGUCUCCAAGUUCCAUAUAUACACAGACCCUGCGGAGUUUGCGGAUGUUGACAAAAUAGCUAUUUCGGUGGCGCAAGAAGACCAAAAAACGUUCACAGAUCUAGUCCGGCAACUGGUAGGCAGAUGUGCCACAGACGUAGAGAAGGCUAGAACCAUAUUCCGUUGGAUCACAGUCAAAAACCUCAAUAACAUACAGUUCGAUGACAAUUUAAGAGGCGACUCGCCUCUCGGUCUACUCAGAGGCAUCAAACACGGCACCGAGAGUUACCAUGUAUUGUUUAAGAGACUGUGCAGCUAUGCAGGCUUACACUGCGUCGUCAUCAAAGGAUACAGCAAGUCAGCCGGUUAUCAGCCAGGAGUUCGCUUCGAAGACAACCGUUUCCGCAACUCCUGGAACGCUGUCUACGUAGCUGGAGCAUGGCGAUUUGUGCAGUGCAACUGGGGAGCCAGGCAUUUGGUUAACGCUAAAGAUGCGCCCAAGCCCGGUAAUAGAGGGAAGAGUGAUAGUUUGAGAUACGAGUACGACGACCAUUACUUCCUGACAGAUCCCCGUGAGUUCAUCUACGAGUUCUUCCCUCUUCAACCGGACUGGCAGCUACUGAAGACGCCCAUCACGCUGCAUGAUUUCGAAGAGUUGCCCUUUGUACGCUCAUUGUUCUUCAGAUAUGGGUUAUACUUCAGUGAUCCCAACACUAAAGCCGUUAUGUACACUGACUCGACUGGUGCGGCGACUAUGCGCAUAGCCAUGCCGGCACAUAUGCAGAGCUCCCUGAUCUUCCACUACAACCUGAAAUUCUACGACACAGAGGGCGACGGUUUUGAUGGAGUCAGUCUCAAAAGAUUCGUCAUGCAGUCCGUGGUGGGCAACGUAGUGUCGUUCCGUGUUCACGCGCCGUGCAGCGGAGCGUUCCUGUUGGAUAUCUUCGCAAACGCGGUAACACCUCGCGAAUACCUAACUGGGGAACCCAUGAAGUUCAAGAGCGUCUGCAAAUUUAAGAUUUGCUGCGCCGAGCUGCAGACCGUGAUGGUACCUUUACCGGACUGUGCGAGCGGCGAGUGGGGCCCCACCAAGGCCACUAGACUUUUUGGUCUUGUACCCAUAACGCACCAGGAAGCGUUAGUGUUCGCCGGCCGCGAACUGGAGAUCCAGUUCCGCAUGUCUCGACCGCUGGCCGACUUUAUGGCGACGCUGCACAAGAACGGCGUUGAUGAGAAGAGGCUUUCCAAGUACGUGCAGCAAAACGUGUCUGAUGACAUCGUCACCUUUUACAUCACUUUCCCAGAAGAAGGUCAAUACGGCCUAGACAUAUACACUCGUGAGCGCGGCGGGCCUACAGCUAUCCACCAAAACGGGUCCACCGAAAAAGAGAAGCACCUUCUCACCCACUGCUGCAAGUACCUCAUCAACAGCAGCAAAAGGAACUGACAUCAAUAUAUAGUAUAAUAACCGAGAAGAUAUUAUAUAUUCACGCUUAAUAAAUUAAUUGACACUUGAAAUUAUUAAAAAAAAUUGGAACGUAUUCCAAAAAAAAAUCUUUUAUUUUUUUAAGGAUUCACACGUCUUUUUAUAUUUCUCUUUUUUGGUAGUGUCAGUUAUUAUUAAGCGUGUGUAUUAUUGUCAGUAAAGUUCUAAGUGUAGAAGUAUAAUAUAAUGUUUAAUUACAGAUAUUACAGAAGAGCA